AUGUGCCGUUUCUUGGUCUACAAAGGCAGCGACGAGAUCCUGCUCUCGAAGCUGAUUCUCGAUCCGACCCAUUCGAUCCUCAAGCAGUCCUUUGACUCAAGGUUGCGACUGGACACGCGACGAGGCCAGAACAACGCCGACGGCUUCGGCAUAGGCUUCUACACCGAUCCCAAGCUUGGCUCAGCCCCCUGCCUCUUCACCUCGACGAUCCCCGCAUGGAACUGCACGAACCUCCAGCGCAUCGCCUCCAAGACAGCGUCUCGAUUGAUCUUCGGCCAUGUUCGAGCAACGACCGAGGGCUCCUUGAGUGAGGACAACUGCCACCCCUUCACACACGGAAGUCUGAUGUGGAUGCACAACGGCGGACUCGGCGGGUGGAAGCACAUCAAGCGGCCCCUGGGAAGCUUGUUGGCGGACAAGUGGUAUCUGGGCGUCAAGGGAGGAACGGACAGCGAGUGGGCGUUUGCCCUCUUUCUCAACACCCUCGAGCAGUUGGGCUUUGAUCCGAGUGCUUGCCCGCCCAACGGGUUUGGGCCUACAGUGUUGCGAAAAGCGAUGGAGAAGACGAUUGCCCAGAUCAACGAAUUGACAGAUUCGAUUCCGCAGAGCGUCCUGCAAAACGAAGACGUCGAUACCAGGAGCCUACUCAACUUUGCCGUGACAGACGGCCACAGUGUUAUUUGCACCCGCUACAUCAGCAGCUCCAAGGACGAGGCCGCCAGUCUAUACUACUCUUCUGGAACACAGUGGGUUACAAAAACCUCAUCGCCGGACGACAGACAAUACCAGAUGGACAGAAAGGACAAGGGGGGUGACAUUGUCCUGGUUGCCAGCGAGCCCUUGACAUUUGAGAGAGAAAACUGGGUGAAUGUGCCGACCAACUCAAUCUUGACCAUCCACCAGCAGACCGUCAUGGUUCACCCCAUCCUGGACAAGUACUACGAAGGAGACCCGUACCAUACUCGCUCCAGCGCCUUUGUCCAGGAAAAGGGCCUCUCUACCAACGAAAAGGCAGCCAGUGGCUCUCAGAGCCCGGCAAGUAUUGACGGGACGCAGAAGACGAUUGCUCAGUCGUACUUUUCCCGCGGCCUCAGCCCCGACUUGGUGCGCCGAUCGCUCACGCCGGUGUCUGCUCGAGAGUCGAGGUUGACGUCUCAACUCCAAACCGCACAACAACUGACUGCAAAGCCACGAUGA